AUGGCCCCGCUCACUCGCUCGGCUGCUGGGACAAGCCUCUUUACACCGGCUGCCCAGCCACCGAGACACACAGAGAUCAUCAAUGUUGAUGACGAAGAUGACGAACAACAAUCUUUGGAGAAUGAAGAAAUAAACGGAGAUGGACAAUCCUAUGAAAGCCAGUCUGAAGAUCAAGACGAGACAAUGGACGAGGGUAUGGAUGGCGUGAAUGGCGAACCCGCAUCGGAGACUGGGUCUGAGGUUUCUGUUCAAGAAAGCGUGGAGCAAUCUAAUUUCAGUUUAAGCAACAAGGGCCAAGACACUCCGCUGUUUACAGCUGCAGGUGCCCAGGAAGCUUUACACCCCCUUCGCCGAACUGCCGAUCGAGUCACCCGUCAAAUCGAAGCUUUCGCGGACAAGCUCGAUCAGUUCAAGCGCCAAAAUUCAACCGAUGAGUUCAACAGCGCCCAGGCUGCCUACAAGCUUGUGGAGAGUUACCGGGAUCUCGCGAACAAUGCCAUCAAAGAAAUCCAAAAGCAGCAGGUCCUCGACCGUGCCAAGUCAGGUUUCCGCUCAAGUGGAACACAGGAGGAAAAGAGCACCGAGGAAAUUCGACGAUUGCAGCUCGAGUCUGAUACCUGGCGCCUUCUGCUCAACCUGAUUAGCAUCGACGACCCUUCCAGCCGGGCCCGUUACAAGGCCGGACAGCAGACUGCUUUCCAGGAGCUCCACCGCUACUCAACCGAUCGCGAGAUUUGGGAGCAGUUCCUGAACGCCGAUCAGUAUGGCCUUGAGUGCGUGAUUGCCAUGCGCUGGCUGGAGGAGACCUCUAAAACCGGAGACCAAGAUAUUGACCUGCUGAUUGCAACGAUGGAGAAUCAGUCACAGCGGGGCGAUGGACUGUGGGCACAUGGCUGGCUUUACACCAAAGAGGCCAUCAAGGGCCACAAGAGAUUGCGCGCUUGGCCUCAGCCUCUUGAGCCUAACGACCCCGGAAUUUCGCGCUCGCUUCUGAGCAAGGACGAGCAGAAGCCACUGAUCACACAACUCGAUCCCGAUGCCGUCACUCGACAGAACCAUACUCUGGAAACGCAAGAUCAAUCAUUUGAGCUUGCGACCUGGGCCACAUGCUGGAAGAUGUUGCGACAGGGCGAGAACUGGACCAAGAUUCGCGAAUGGGCCGAAAACCACUUGGAAGGAUGGAGAGCUGUCAGCUUGUGUGGCUCCAGUGUGGACCCCAAGUCAGCGAGCACUCAAUAUCCAGCCGAUGACGGUCACACGCGUUUGAUGAACAGCCGAGCCCAGGACUCCUGGCGUAGCGCCUGUUCUUCUCUGACACGCAACAAGAACGUGAACGAUUUCCAGUGUGCAGUCUAUGCACUGCUUGCCGGUGAGACUGAAGCUGCAGCAAACGUCUGUCGCGGCUGGGACGACUAUCUUUACGUGUUCUUCAACCGUGUUGUGCUUUCGCGCUACCAAGGGUUCUGCCGACAAUUCCAGCGCAAGCUCAGUCACUCUCCCACCACACCUGUGACAUUCAAGCCUGAGCCGGCUGGACAUGCGGAGCUCCAAAAAUAUUUGGUUUUCCUCAAGGGCAACAAGCGGGUCAGUGGAGAAACGCGCAAUCCAUUCCGCAACAUGCAGGCUGCGAUCCUCAGCCAAGGCUACGACUCUUUCUUCCCAGCUCUGGCCCAUGCUGUCUCAGAUGUCAGCGCCGCAAAGUCUGGGAACACCUCCAUCGUCCCAGUGCUCCCUCACAAAGCAGUCGAUGAAUCAUACUUCAUCGCGGCCGACGACCCAGAAGCUCUCAAAAUUGCCGCUCAUGUCUAUGUUGUGGCCAGUGCUCGAGGUUAUGCUCGCGCAGAUUCUCAUUUUAUUGAGACAGCGUCGGUUAUCGUGGCUGGACAUAUUGCCAACCUCGAAGACAGGGGCUUGUUCCAUCUUAUCCCUCUUUACGCGUCUCUUCUGCCUACAUCAAUGUGUCACAGUGUCUUGGCCAAGAUCCUUAUUGACAUCCUAGACCCCGAGGAGAAGAGACAGCAAGUCCAGCUCGCAAACAAGUAUCACAUCGACAUAAACACCGUUCUCGAUGUCCAAUGGGCUUGGGUCAAGGAGAAGGUUUCCGCGGUCGAUCACUCCCGAGGCAUCACUGGGUACUCGAGAAUGUCUCGCCGCUCCGAUGGCUCCAAGCAUUUGGUAUCGCCGAAGCCCGAUCUUAUUGGUGUUUCUGUUAGCGAAGAAGAUGACAAGAUGAUUCGCAGUCUGGAAUGGCUUCGAGUCACAGAUGGUCAAUGGGAUAAGAUCUGUGACCUCGGCACUUGGCUCUAUCGCAAAUUCAUGGUUGCUGAUAAGCUUGCCGCUGCUCGCGAGCUGAGUUUCCGUAUGCGGACGGCUGAUAUCUCCAUCGAGAAGUUCGGUAGUGAUAUCAUUUCCAUGCCUCCGCAGGACCUCGGGUACCCCGAGGCGACAACCCCAACUAGCCCGACAAAAUCUAAGAGAAACAGCCUCCACCUCCACCGCCGUAGCACUUCUGGGUCGAACAACAUCGGUCUCCUCUCAGCUUACAACCAGUGUCAGGCGAUGCGGGAUCUGGAGAGCUUGAUUCUUGGCCUCGACGCGGUGGAAGCAUUUGCCAUUAUUCACGAACAGAGGUCCAAGACUAAACGCCGACGGGACUCUGGCACCCUCAAGGUUAUGGGGCAAGAAUUGGAGGAAUGUGUUGGAGUCUUGGAAGACUGGAUUGCAGCAGUCACGGACGAAGAUUGGCUUCUCAAAUCCCCCGAUCCCGAGGAGGAGAAGGACUUCGCACACAUCCGCACAACCUACAUUCCCGAGCUCGUGCUUGACUAUCACAAUGCGAUGUACUUCGCCAGCUACUGUCUUGAGAGGAACGACCUCUUGACCCAGUGCAUGGUCACAUCCAUUUGGGUUGCCAACUACCAGCACAUCACUCUCGCCUUCACUCAGGCGCAGCGGAUGGCUGAACUCAUGGAGGUGCUGGCGUUGUCGAGCAAAGCGUUGGUCAUUCGCAACACCAGCUCACCCAAGAGCUCCAAGGAUGAAAUGAUCCAAGAAGUGAAGAUUUGGGAUGUUGAGGUCACCGAGGAUGAGAAGAAGCGAAUUGGGCUCACAUCGGCGUACGACCCGGCGAUUUAA